GAUGCAGCCAGCAGUGCCUGCAGGGAACUAGCAUAUUUCUUCACAACUGGAAUUGUUGUUUCUGCCUUUGGAUUUCCUAUCAUCCUUGCACGGGUUGAAGCGAUCAGCUCUACAAAACAAGAUGUGUUGGCAAAUUGUUCUGACCAUGUUUGUGCUAUUGGACUUUCUUCAAAUGGCAGUUGCCCACUGUAUGGUCCAUCAAAUUGCUCCCAGGAACUUUACAUUACCCUGUAUGCUGCUGAAUGAGACAUUUUUGAGUCCUUUCUCUGCUGGAGUGGUAGAGAGCUGGUCUGGUUUGAGGAGAGACCAUGGAGCAUCCGAAACCAAGCCUCCCUUGCUAAUGAAUGAAGAAAGUUUUCUGUGUUGCCUUUGGAGUGAUAGCGACAUUGAUUGUUCUUUGUACAGAGCAAGCAUGCAAGCAAGGAAUUUUAUUCCUUCAGAAAUAAGUAUCUCUGCUUCUCAGGAAGUAGAUUCAAAUUGGAACAUUGAAUGUUGGAUUCAAGGCAAGCUGGACCUAUUAGUUUGUAGCCUGCGGUUUUUGAAGUUGUACUUGAGAGCUGACAUGAAGGUUAAUCUUUCAUAUGCUGUAUCAGAGCUGUCACUGGGAGAUGUAUCUACGAGCUCUCUAAAGGGGACUGUCAUGGUUGCUGAGUGUGACUGUAGCAAGUAUGACAAAUGUGAGUGCUGCGUGCCUUCUCUGAGACUCAACUACACUUACAUCAUGUGGCUGAAGAUGAUGAUUGGUGUAACACCUCUGUGGUCACCUUUGAUGUCAGUCAAGCCCAUAGACAUAGUAAAGCCUGAACCUCCUUUGAACCUGCAUCUAGAAAUGACAGAGAAAGGUCAAGUGAAGAUCUCCUGGUCUGACCCUGUGCUGAUGCCAUACCCACUUCAGUAUGAAGUGAAGAUCUCUGCAAAUUCAGGUCAAAAUGGUUGGCAGAUGGUUCAAGUUGCUUUAGAAACCUCACUGGCCAUAGACAAUAAACUACUUGAUUCUUCAUACUUAGUUCAAGUGCGGUGCAAGAAUCACCAUGGUCCAGGGUUCUGGAGUGACUGGAGCACACCAUAUGGUCUCAACUUGGGAGCUGAAGUCCUGUACUUCCCUCCCAAGAUACUGACCAGUGUUGGUUCUAACGUUUCCUUUCAUUGCAUCUAUAAAAACAAAACCAAGAUUGUAGUGUCCAAGAAGAUUGUCUGGUGGCUGAAUUUAGCAGAAGAAAUCCCAGAAAGUCAGUAUACGCUUGUGAAUGAUCGCGUAAGCAAAGUUACUCUUUUCAACUUGAAAGCAACAAAACCUAGAGGAAGUUUCUUCUAUAACGCGUUAUACUGUUGUCAUCAAAAUAGGGAAUGUCAUCAUAGAUACGCUGAAUUAUAUGUAGUAGAUGUGAAUAUUAAUAUCACAUGUGAAACGGAUGGGUACUUAACUAAAAUGACUUGUAGAUGGUCUGCAAACCCAAACACAUUGCUCCUGGGGAGUUCCUUGCAGUUAAGAUACUACAGGAGCAGAAUUUAUUGUUCUGACUUUCCAAGUACUUCUCCAAAAUCAGAGGUGAAAGAAUGCCAUUUACAGAAGAAUCAUUCUUACGAGUGCACAUUUCAGCCUAUUUUUCUUUUAUCUGGAUACACCAUGUGGAUAGAGUUUAAGCACUUACUAGGAACACUUGAAUCCUCACCAACUUGUGUUGUUCCAGCAGAUGUGGUGAAGCCGCAUCCCCCUGCCAAUGUUAAAGCAGAAAUCACCAGGAAUGUUGGGCUGCUGAAUGUGAGCUGGACAAACCCAAUAUUUACGAACAAUGAUCUUAAAUUUCAGAUUCGGUAUGCUGUGAACAGGGAAGAAAUUACAUGGGAGGUUUAUGAAAUUUCAAAUGCACCAACAAGAUCAGCUGUGAUAAGAGUUCAGAAACUUUGUGUUGAGUAUGUUGUUCAGGUCCGGUGCAGAGAACUGGGUGGAUCAGGUUACUGGAGCAACUGGAGCAGAUCAGCCUAUACGCUUGUAAAAGAUAUCAAAGCUCCCUUACAAGGCCCUGAAUUUUGGAGAAUUAUUAUUGAAGAUCCGGCAAGGAGGCAGAAGAAUGUUACACUCCUGUGGAAGCCACUGAUGAAGAAUCACUCAUUGUGCAGUGUGAGCCGAUACGUUAUAAAGCAUCAGACAUCAGGAAACACCACGUGGUCAGAAUAUGUUGAUAAUGGCACUACCUGUUCAUUUCCAUGGACUGAACACACACAUACCAUUACAGUUUUAGCCAUGAAUUCGAUUGGAGUUUCUGCAAUUAAUUUUAAUUUAACUCUAUCACAGCAAAUGAGCACAGUGAAUGUUGUGCAGUCGCUUAGCGCUUACCCAGUGAACAGCACUUGUGUGAUUUUGAUUUGGACGCUUUCACCUCAAAUAUAUGUGAUAACAUCUUUUGUUAUCGAAUGGAAGAACCUUAACAGAGAAGAGGAGAUGAAAUGGGUGCGAGUUCCUCCAAAUAUUAGUAAAUACUAUAUUUAUGAUCACUUUAUCUUGAUUGAGAAGUACCAGUUCAGCCUGUACCCUGUGUUUGCUGGAGGAGUUGGCAAAUCCAGAGCAACGGAUCAGUUUACCAAAGGUGGAUAUGAAAAUGAGAAUAAUGCCAGCCUCUAUGUGGUUCUACCAAUAGUUAUUUCAACCUCAGUUCUGCUGCUUGGAGCAUUGCUGGUUUCGCACCAAAGAAUGAAGAAACUGUUUUGGGAAGAUGUUCCAAACCCCAAGAAUUGCUCCUGGGCGCAAGGAGUUAAUUUUCAGAAGCCUGAAACUUUUGAGCAUCUUUUUAUCAAGCACCCCGAAGCAAUGUCAUUUGAGCCUCUUCUUCUGGAACCAGAAAUAGUGCUGGAAGACAUCAGUGUUAUUAAAGUGUUGAAAAAAGAAGACGCACAAGAUUUUUCAGUAAUUGAUUCAAUGUUUACAAAAAUUCAAGACUCUGAACGUGAUUCUGCUUGCUCUAGCAGCCAUUUCAAUAGUAGCAGCUUCUCCGAGAGCUCCCGUGAUGACCAAAUCGGUGGAGAAAUUACAAGGCAGUCCGAUAUUAAAUAUGCUACUAUUAUCAGUAACUCCAGAUCAAGUGGGCUUUACGAACAGAAAAUGACUCUAAGAAGUUGUUUUGAUAGAUGCUUCUUAGCUGAAGAUUCCUUAGUUACAGGUGCUUUCUCAAGUAGCUCUUGGGAGGUGGGAAAUGGGGCAUUCCUCUUAUUACCUGAUCUGCCCGGCAGGCAGCCCAGCAAGACUCUUUCGCUUUCCCUUAUUUCUUCAGAGGGAUUUUCGGAGCCUUCAGAUCAGGAUGACGCUUUCACAGACGGAGAUAGUCCUGAGCGGAGCCUGUAUUACCUAGGGAUAACAUCAUUGGAAAAAAGAGAAAAUGACGUUUUUUUAACAGAAAGUUCCGGGGUGAUGUGUCCGUUCCAUACAACCGAUGUCCUCAAAGAUGUGGGGUUUCUUCAGCAUACACCGCCUAAUUUGAAUGUGUGUAUCCAAAGUAGCCUGAAGUAUAAAGCCAUUGUGCCAUACGUGCCGCAGUUUCAGAUGACUACUGCCAAGGUGCAAGAGACCACAGAGAAAAACUCUUAAGUCAUCACACCACAAUUUGAUACUCUUAAUGGUUUUUUAGGUGUUGAUACCUUCCCCUGUUUUUCCCUACCCUGACUUCUUUCAGGGGCUCUCCUGUUUUGAAGCUGGGUAACUGGUUCUAUAUUUGAGUGCCAGAGUUUUAGUAGGAAGACAUUCCAUUUCUUGACCUAAUUUUCAAAUGUGGGGCCUUCCUUCAGAGAUUGGAUUGUGUUCAAAUUAACCUCUGGUGCCACAUGACCUAUUGUUGAUGCCCGUUAGGUGUAUGUCUGAGCAGCCCCGUGAAGAACCGCAGUUGAAAUUGGACUCGGUGCCGUAGACGUUCAGGUGAGAGGAUGGGACGUGAUCCAGACGCGGUCUGCGCUGACGCCCGGUCAGCUCUGCGCGCUGGGCUGUGGUCUGUCCCCAGGGCAGAGCCGCCGAUUGCUUUGUAAGCCCUCUGUAGCCGCAGCCGGCUGCCGUGAACGACCCCGGCCACCGCAUUGCUCGUGUGCAGGGCAGAGCACGGCAGCACCUUCCCGGUGCCGUCAGUGUGUGACCAGAGACUCUUCCUCCAGCUGGGGAGAGGUAGAGGAGUCGGGGCUUUUGCAGGCUUCGGUGUGGAGAUUCCCAAACGCUCCUCGAGGGCUGGGAAGGAUUCAAGCAACAUAUACCAAAGGAACACAGCUCCUCUCUCAUGCAUUUACUAAAUGGCCCUUUACAGUCCCGAUGCGGAUUGCAGCCGGUUCUGUAGCGGUGGGCUUCUUUCAAUUUAUUGUUGUCAAACAGGACCAUGUUUUCCACAGGGGUGAGCACAGUGUGUCUGUUGGCAGCACAGACCCGUACACACGUUUCUUCUCUCUGUUCAGGAGUAAAGUAUCGCUGCAAACGACGUCAGCAAACUGUGUUGAAGGAGCUUGUUCUUGUUUUAGGGUUUGCUUGGUGACCCCGAGGGCAGGAUAGAAAGGAGUGACACUACUAUGUACGUGUGUGGUGUUCUGGGGUGAAAAGCUCGAAUGUGUCAUUUUGCUGGGAAUGAUUUGGGACACGGAGUGCUACAGACUGAGUCGACCUGGAUGCGGUGCAGCCACUGGCCGCUCAGAAAGACUGCCGGGUUAUGAUACAUCGGUAUCCACUUGGACUGGUGGUAAAUAGAUGCACUGUACAAAUACCAAAUAUAUUUGUUAGGCUUUUUCUUCUCCAAAAUUCUGAUGUAUUUAUUGCUUAGCUGACCUCUGCGUUAAAUUGAGCCCGUGAAUACGCAGAUGGUCCACGUGAAAAAGUCAGAACGCUCUAUUUCAGGUGUUGAAAGGGAGGCCCUGACCAAUGAUGGCAAACUUGUGGCUGCUGUUCGGGGUCUUUUUUAAAGUAAAUUGAAAAUAACUCAUCAGUAGCAUCAAAGAGCCGUAGAAGAAACUGUGAGGUCAAAGACAUGUGGCGAACAGUGCAUCAGUGUGUAAAACACUCCCUGAAGAAGUAGUGGUUCCAGUAGCUAAAGACUUAUGGUACUGCAAGAGGAAGAGAAUCGAAAUUCUUGCGGCUACAUUAAUUGUGGCCUGUUACCUGCGUAAAAUGAUGUGCUUGGAAGUAAAAUGUCCACAUUUUUGUUGUUGAACAUGAGAUUCUAGUACAAAUGGUACUGCCGUAAAACUACCAUCUCUUCCAAACCCCUUUCCUAAGAGCCCACAGUAGAAAAGGCAGUAAUUUGAUCCAAGGAUCCUGUAUUCUUCAUCUUUGGUGAGCUAGCCUGUCUGUAUGGACCUGGAGAAGUCGGUUUGCCUUCACAAGCCCUGCUCCCCUCAGCUGAAAAACUUCACGAUGGAAGGAAAAUUAGGUCUUGGAACUGAGCUGUAUUUUCUGGGAUAAGCUGGUAAAGAAAAAACACACUUACUUGCAAGCCAAAUAUAUUUUUUGUACUUCAUAGUUAGUAAAUAUUUUUGUAUACGUGCCUUUUCAAAUAACUAUUUUGAGGAGCUAAGAAAGAUUAAUAUAUUGUGUAUUCCAAAGCUAAAUUUAUCUGAAACUUAUAUAGCCAAUUAAAAACAAAAGGGCAAAACCCAGCAACAAUAGUAAAUGAUAGGAGAGGUGUGGAAACACUUUAAUAUAUUAGUGAUAAGAAAUUCUAUGGAGCAAAAGGGACCAAAGCAAAUAUAUAUCUGCACUUCGAAUUUAAGACAAGCUUUACCAAAAAACCCACUGCUUUUUCUCAAACAAGCUGCUAACCUGGCUCUUGCUGGGGGUCUCUGUUUCUGGAUGUUGAAUAUGACACCGAUCUAAUGUACUUGUUUCAGAAAUAUUGCAUGUGGCGGGGGGAACUAAGACCUGUUUCGUGUUAGUAGCCAAAACUCACUGUCACUUGAAAAUGUGGUUGGAGGCUGCAGGGACAAACCUGAAGGUUCCCGUAGAGUUCCAGGAGUAAAGCUGUGAUUAGCACCCAGGUGAAUGCUUAACUUAGAAUUCUAUCUAUCUGAAAAAAGAAAUUCACUCCUGCCGGCACGUGAACUUGAUGCGGCACAACCUCCAGGGUCCUAAGAGUGCCCCGGGAACGGACUCGGGUGUUGGAUUCUGCCUCUCCUGACGGUUUGUCCACCGGAUCCAGCAUCCCCUGAAGUCUGAAGAUGCGGGGAGGCUAGUGUAGGUCGGCUGUCCCACCAAACCCGCCCCAGCUAGUGCUGCAGGGAUCCCUCAUGUGGUGCAACCGAAUUUGGGGUGGAAGACCCAGAUUCCUGCACAUCAACCUUCUCUUGUUAACCAGCGAUGCAGAGGUAAUGUGAACUAUUGAAAUGGGGUUUUGUGACAUCUGCUGUAGUAUAACCGUAUCACCUUCUGUUUGGAGGAGAGAGUCCCCUCCCAGCGCCCCUGCAGCACACCCAUCUGCUGAAACUUCUUGCUGUUGGGAAGUGAAAAGGGUGGCGCAGCUGUCUGUAGACUGGAAUAAUAAACGCAUGGUUCGUCAUGAGGUUUGGAUUUCUUUAAUUACAAUGUUCAGAAAAAUUCUUUAGUUGUGUUUGAAGGUCGUCUUGCUCAAGAAAUUAAAAGCUCACGUUGAUUUUACCAUACAAAGUCCUUAUCCAGUGACCCUGUAGGGACAGGAGUACCAUUAACCAUGGGAACAAUCAGCUGAGUGAACCAGUGAAGGCUUUGCUGGGAACAUGGGAAAAUGCAGGAGUUAAUCUUCUGUCCCCCGUCAUGCAGGACUCUGACGUGCCUCAGAGCUGAUGGUGGGAGAGCGUUUGCAGCCUGGACUUGCUGUGAUGCCUGCAGCGGUGCUCGAGGGUUGCUGUGUUAAAAAAGCAGCGCAGAACGUCUUCCCUCGAUGGAAGUUGGCAGGUACCCAGGUAUCGCCACCUUUGGGAGUCCAGCCUGUCCUCCUGGGUGCCUCUGCCAUCCCAAUCAUGUUUUUUUCCUAAUGGCCAGAGCAAGAGGUGCUCUUUAGAAAAACAAAUCGAUGUGAAUGUAAGAAAUGUUGCAAAUAUUAGCUGAUCUUUUCUGCUUCAGCAAAAAGAAAAGAUUUUAAGUAUAAUUACUGUAGAACCAAGCGAUUUAAUCCCUUAAUGUAGGUGUGCCUUUUCUGAAGUAAUCUCCAUACCACGUCUCCACUCCCUAAGUUUCUGACAGUGCAGGUGAACCCAGGUCCCGACCCGUAGUGAAGGGCAGGACACAGCUGUACGAGUUUAUUCAAUAAGUACUUCCUAAAACUGGCUCUCAGUCUGGCAUUUUCAUCCGUAUCCAAUGGACAUUCAAUCCCGCUCUUCACCUUUCUUUGCUCUUGUAUAAAGCCAAAAUCUGCAUAUCGUGAAUCCACCAUCUGCUGCCGUCUGCCUCUGCCCUGGUCUCCAGUUACGGUUUCAGCUCCGGCCGCUCCUGCAGGCAGCAUCUGCCUCUGGGAGAGGAAAUUAAGAGCUGGGGUCAGUUAUCGCAUUCUCCUCUCACCAUUAGUUUUUUCCCUCAACUUCAGGUCAAUUUGUUUGUUUAACAAAGCUGAGUACUUCCCCUGCCACGUUAGAUAACAGUGUUUUACGCUGUGUUUGCAGUGGUCUCCUCCUUUCACAGGGCCGCUGAUACACGUACUUUACCCAGGAGCAAAAUCUCAUUUGUUUAUUCCUGAGCGAGACAAAGAUGGGCAGGUACGGUGCCUGGGCGAAAGCAUUUUGUAAGGUAGUUUUGGAGGGUUGUUUUCCUUGCAGAGCUGCAAGCAGACAGCCCUCCUGCCUUCCCUCGGUGGCUUCGUGUCUGGCGCUUUGUCACGAGAAGGACGGCCGGGCGCCUGGCCGGCUGCGUGUGCCGAGCAGCUGGUCUUCCUACCGGGGUUGGGUUUUGGUUGUUGGAGACUUGAGGCUCGGUUCCCCUUCGAUGUGCUGGAGAUACACUCCACCCACAGCAAGAGGGUUUUCCUCGUGCCUGUAGUGAGUUUGAGUGUUGAUUUUUAAGAGCAGAUGCCUUAUUUUUUAGUACACAGGAACUCGAAAUGCUGUACAGAAAUUAGGUCUGCAAGCACAACCCCUUUUCAGGCACAUUUCUUACAAAAGCCAGUGAAAUUUAAAUAUGCUAUUACACAUUUAGAAUUGAAGUUAUCAGAGGCGAAAAACUGCAGAGGAAACUGAAUUUCUGUAUUAAUCUCCCAAGGCAGACUUUUGCUGACAGCUGGACUGUCAUAGCCAGAAUAGGAGCUGCCACUCAGCUUCCCCCCCCCGCCGCCGACUUCAAAAUGCCUGUCUGCUGAGGCAGCGGGUGCCAAGGGACGCAGCGAAGGGCUGGAAGGAGAGGUUCACGCUCAGGACUUGGGUACUCGAAGCUGUCUGAAAUGGAACGGAGCCAGGAGUCCAGGCUCGGUGCCUCUCCUGGGCUCCGGCCCCGUCUUGGCAAGAGACCUGGCAAGUCCCUGCCAAGAAACGGGGAGAAAGUAGGGAAGAGGGUCAGGCCGUGAUCUGCAUCAGAGUCUUCCUCCGAUUGCUGGGGGCAAAGCGGGUUUCGCCUGAUGACCUUCGUCUUCAUCUCGGCUCUGACGCGGUCCGCUCCGGCCAGGGCUGCUCCUGGGCUGGGUGCCUGGGAGAGCCGAAGGGGCUCGUCUGCCCUGGGGCACAGCAAGGGAAGAGAAAUGCCACAGAAACACAUUUUGGAGCAUCCGGAGGGCACGGUGCCACCAUAAACCCGGGGCUUGGCUGCGGGAGUAACAUAGCACAGCUUCUAUUUGCUUCUAACAGUGAAACUGUUAAUGCUUCCCUAUAAAUGUACCUACGCCUUUGCUACAAGUAAUUAAUUCAAUGUUAAUUCCCCGUAACGUUGGUCAUUUUGCAGAGAGAUGGGGGUUUUUUUUGCUAUGGCUCCAUACCCACCAGGAAAGGCUUUUCAAUUUAAACUGGACAAGCAAUUAGGAGGAACCACGUGCAGCUUCUGAAGUACAUAUUAAGCCCUAAUAUUAAGCUCUUGCAAAUUAAUUUUGAAGAGCAUUCAGGAGUAUAGCUCAUUUAUCUAAGAAAAUUCAUCAAUGUGUCAUUAUUCCUUUGACAUGUCACUUGCAGCUACAGUUAAAUGUCCUGAUUUUUUUAAACUGCAAUUGAUGUUUGAAGCAGCAAGAAACUGGUUUUCAUAUUUUGUACACGUGUAGAUUGUGAGUCUGUCUUUGAGCCAUUGAUCUGUGCAAUCAGCCUCGGGUUUGAAAGUUUGCAGUAAAACGGGGUUUGGGUUUUUCUUUUCCCCUUGCAUUAACUGUGAACUAAUUCCUUUUCUGUAUGUGGCUUUCAUUUCUGGAGCAUUUACGGUAAUUAUUUCCCACUAAUGAGAGUGUAACU